UGGUGCAGCGUAUAUUUUGAACAGAACAAUGAGACGGCAAGUACUGUUUUUUAUCUCGAUCUUCUAUAUAGGUUAUGUUGUCGGUCAAGUGAGCUACUCUAUUCCGGAGGAAAUGCCAAAGGGGUCUGUUGUCGGAAAUAUAGCUCGAGAUUUGGGCAUAGAUGUGAGGAGACUAAAGUCAGGUAAAUCUCGUAUAUUUACGAGCGACAGCGCAGAAUACAUCGAGCUGAGUAGGGAGAGAGGAGUCCUCCUCCUCAAAGAGAGAAUCGACAGAGAGUCACUCUGCAGACAGACGACGCCUUGUGCUUUGCAUUUGCAGAUUAUUUUAGAAAACCCAAUGGAGCUUUUUCGAAUAACGGUCGAAAUCACUGAUAUAAACGAUAACAGUCCAAGUUUUAAAAACGAUGAGAAACGUUUUGAAAUAAGCGAAUCCGCAGUUACAGGAUCGAAAUUCGUGUUAGAAAGAGCGGUCGAUGCAGAUAUUGGAAUAAAUGGCCUGAAAAAUUAUAGCCUGAGACCUACGGAUAACUUUGUUCUGAAAAUCGAAAAUCAGGCUGAUGGACAGAAAAAGGUUGAAAUGGUUUUACAAAAGCCACUAGAUCGAGAAAAGGAGGAACAAAUAUCAUUGUUGUUAAACGCCGUAGACGGAGGGGAUCCUCAAAUGUCGGGUACGGUGAAGAUUUAUGUGACCGUACUCGAUGUGAAUGACAACGCUCCGGUUUUCACGAAGUCGGUUUACAAGGCGACUAUAGCCGAAAACUCUCAGAAAGGAACAACAGUGACAACAGUGAGCGCUUCUGAUGCAGAUAAAGGGACAAAUGGGGAUGUUUCUUAUUUAGUAUCAGCUACAAUGGAUAGUGUAUCUGACAUAUUUACAGUAAAUCAAAAUGGUGAAGUAAUAUUAGUUGGUGAAGUUGACUUUGAAAAAGCCAAGUAUUACCAAAUUGAUAUUGAGGCCAAAGACAGUGGUGGUCUUUCUGAUUCCAGUAAGGUUAUAGUUGAUGUUAUUGACAUUAAUGAUAAUGAGCCUGUAAUCAGUAUACUUUCGAAAUCAGAUUCUAUUCCUGAAAACUCUCCCCAUAAUACAGUUAUAGUUAUGUUCAGUGUCUAUGACUCAGAUUCAAGUAAUAAUGGUCAGGUAAACUGCAGAUUAAAUAGUAACAUACCAUUUACUAUUACAGCUGCCUCAAAUGAUUUCUACAGUUUAGUAACAGACAAACGUGCUGAUAAUGGACCCCAGUUCUACAGGAACGAUGCAGCGGAUACAGAGUGA